AUGGCUUUCACCUUCGCUGCUUUCUGCUACAUGCUGUCGCUCGUGCUUUGCGCCGCGCUCAUCUUCUUCGCCAUCUGGCAUAUAAUUGCCUUUGAUGAGCUACGGACGGACUUCAAAAGCCCAAUAGAUCAGUGCAACCCAGCCCACGCAAGAGAGCGGCUGAGGAAUAUUGAACGUAUUUGCUUCCUCCUGCGAAAGCUGGUGUUGCCGGAGUACUCCAUCCAUAGCCUUUUCUGCAUAAUGUUUUUAUGUGCUCAGGAAUGGCUCACACUGGGCUUAAAUGUUCCUCUGCUUUUUUAUCACUUCUGGAGGUAUUUUCGUUGCCCAGCAGAUAGUUCAGAACUCGCUUACGAUCCACCUGCAGUCAUGAAUGCUGAUACCUUGAGUUACUGUCAAAAAGAGGCCUGGUGUAAGCUAGCUUUCUAUCUCCUUUCUUUCUUCUACUAUCUUUACUGCAUGAUCUACACUUUGGUGAGCUCUUAA